GUCUUGUAUUAUCUAGUAUGCCAGCCGCCUGUUAACCCAAUCUCCAGCUUACCUGCACCUCAGUCCAGCUUUAUCUCACUUCACUCGACCUCUUCUACGUCUAUACGCACCAAGAGGUGUUUAUAUAAUCCUUACGCUAUUCCAGCGUUUAAUUAACACAAAUCAGCUGUAAACGUCUUGCGUAUUAAUCACGAACAUCUAGUUUGACUUGGGAUAUCUGUCGCCAAGAUUUUUAACAUUAAUUUCUUCAAUAUGAAUCGAAGUUCCAAGGGAAGAAUAUCACGGCCACCCGGAUCUCAAGGAGCAGAACUUGAAAACCAGUUUAUUCUCAAAUUACCUCCGGUUCAAGCAGCGUCACUAAGAGAGGCCAUUAGACAAGGCCAAACAAAUAUUAAGGAUCGUUUGGCAAUUCAACUGGACUUUACUUCUGACAAAGAUGACAUGAGAAAUGGUACUAUUACCUUUGACACCAUCAUGUACAGAGCAAGAUUGAUGGACAUGCCUACUAUUAUGGAGACUUGGAAAACCAUUGAUGGAAAAAAUUUCUACAAGACUGCAGAUGUUUGUCAGAUGUUGAUGGUGCGUGAAGAGGAGGACCCCCCAGAAGAAGAAGACCCCAAGAAAAAGAGGCGAGAUCCAAACAAGGUUGACAAAAAGUACCUUUGGCCUCAUGGUUACACCCCACCUCUGAAGAAUGUUCGCAAGAGACGUUUUCGCAAGACACUCAGAAAGAAGAACUUGGACCUACCAGAAAUAGAAAAGGAAGUGAAGCGGUUGUUGAGAACAGAUAAUGAAGCCACUAGUAUUCGCUGGGAGGUGGUUCGUGAAGAAGAUGAGAAAAAAAAUAAUGCAGAUACGAAUCUGUCAUCAUCUAACCUAGAUGAGCAACUAUUUGGAGGAGCACUAAGUUCAUCUGAUGAUGAGGUGGGGCCUACGAUAAAUAUUGUGGAUGAGGACGACGACUCCCGUCUCUCAGUUGAUGACAGCAGAUUUUCUGAAUCUUACUUAAAUGAAGCUGGAAACAGCCCCCCAAGCAGCAAGGCCUCUGCCUCCACUCCGCUUGUUACAGACUUCUCUGGCAUGUUCCGCAAUGAAGGGGAUUCUGCUUUCUCCUCCAAGCCGCAGACUCCAUCUCCCACAAAAGUCACCACAAGUAAAGAUAAGUUGUAUGCUCGUUUGUCAAACUUGGAGAACGAUCUGAUGAUGCUGACUACACAACGGGCUGCUCAAGAGGCAGAAAUUGCCAAUAUCGAAAAUUUGGCAUUAAAGCAACGUUUUUUGUCAAAGCUUGCUGAUACUGAAGCACUAAUUAGAGAGAAGGAAUAUGAGAUUGAUGAGGUACGAAGCCAGCUACAAGACUGAGUAGAAAACAGCAUUCCUCAAACUACAAAUUUGAUAACUACAUGGUUUGGAUAUUGGUACCAAAAUAUUCGCUGGUAUACGAAGUCCAGUACAGUAUACUUAUAUGUAUUUGUAUACCUGUAAUACAAAAUGUCAUGCCUGUAUGUGAGAUGUUUUUAUUAAAGGGCUAGAAAACUAUACAGUAUAGUAUAUAGAUAACAACUUUUAAUUUAUGCACUGAUAAAUUGAUAAUUUAAUGCACUACACCCUUGAAAUUCUAGAACGUUUAGUUCCGACUCCAAUCUGGAUUUCCGAAUGAUUUCCCUUUGAUGGUGGGGUGACUAUUAUCCAAAGUACAAGAUUAGUAAAAAUUUAUAAAAUAUAUAUGUAUUAUGUAUUUCAAAUACUGUAAUCCAAAAAAAAAUAAAACAGCAAUAUUAGCAAAAAUACAUUAAUUACUUGUAAUGAACUAAAGUUUGUGAUAUUGCUGCAUUUCCCUCUGGACUCUGUAUUUUGUCAAGAAAUUUUAAUUUCAAAAGAAGGGAUUCAUCUAAAAUUACAUAUUUUGUAAUUAUGUAUGUAUGUAUGUGUUUCAAGUACGCAUGUAUUUAAAAACACAUAUGUACAGGUGCUUCAUAAACUCGCUCGAAAUACAAUUUCAGACUGGUUAAGAGCCAAGAUAUAUGUCAGUUUAUUCCAUAAAAAAUAUUUAGAUUUUUAUUAGUUUGAUAUACAUGAUUUUAUCUAGCAGUAUGUUGUGUUAAAUAUUUUUGCAAAAUACCAAGAUUUAUUUAACCAUUUUUGCCUGUAACACCUAGUUUAUAUUACUGUACCCAUUACACACAAUGGGUUUAUUUCCCCCAAAUGUUUAUCUGGGUGGCACAUAGUUUUUUCUAUAUCCCUUGAAUAAUAAUAUAAUUUCAAAUGAUUAUUAUUUGUCCAUAUUAAAUGAUAAGUAUUAAUAUUAUAAUUUAAAUAAUAAGUUAAUUUUAUUUACGUGGGCUCUAGGAAACUCUGACUAUGGACCACAUAUGUGUGAGGAAGAAAAUAAAGUUAAUAAAAUGUGUAAUUAAAA